AUGUCAUAUUUAAAUCAACCUGAUUACGUACGUUAUGUAUGUAAUUGUGGAUCUUUAAAACCAAUUUCGAAGAUUUAUUUUUGCAGGUAUUGUUGGAAAAUUCGUUGCGGGUACUGUGUUUGUCAUGAGGUUGAUUCCCAUUAUUGUCCUAAUUGUAUGGAAAAUUUGCCAACAUCAGAAGUUCGUUUGCAAAAGAACAAAUGUUCUAAUUGUUUUGAAUGUCCCUGUUGUUUUCAAACAUUAUCCACAAGAGCUGGACAUGUACCUUUAAGGGUAGCACCUCCUGAAGGAGAAGAUGCUAAAGAUGGUAAAACAACACCAAAGAAAGUAUAUUAUUUGUCUUGUUCAUUAUGUCGAUGGACUUCUAGAGAUGCUGGUAUACCAGAUCAAUCUGUGGCUACUGGAGGUUGGCCUGAACAAGAAAAUCCUCAUAUAAGUCGCAUUAAUGCUUUAAUUGAUUAUCAUAAAAUACUAGCUUCUAUAGAAAAACAAAAAUGUGAAAAAAAGAAGUAUUCUUUACCAAAGUAUCAUUAUACACCAAUUACUCUAUUUGAAAGAACAUCCUUUACAUCUUCUCGUUUUGGUCGUUCUGGUCUUGUACGGUCGUAUUGGUCUCGUCAGUCUGAAAAACCUGUUCGUCCACUGGUUGUUCAACCAUCUCCAGCUAUCGCUAGUACAGAGGUAGAGGAGUUGCGAGCAGAAAUUUUCACAGAACAAGUGGACAUAACUAAGAUUACUACAUUGGAACAACGAUUACGGCACCCAGAUGUACAAGCAGAAAAUGUAAACGAAUUACGUCCACAACAUAGGCAAUUUUUUGUUAAGAAAUCGUUGCGGUGUCGAGUUUGCGAACAUAAUCUUAUUAAACCAGAUCUCUGUCCACAUUCUAUAAAGUUUAAAGUUCAACUUGCGGCAUUUUAUCAUGUACCAGAAAUAAGGAUUAUUACUUGUGAACCACUUCGACCUGGCAGGUCAAGUGAGUUGCUUUUAAAGUUUUACAAUCCAACUCCACAUCAAACACAAAUAACACUGUUACCAUUGGACACACCAAUGACUUCUGUUGUAACAGUUGUAGAUGAAAAAGAAGAGGUUAAACAAGGAGAUGGACAACAAGGAUCCGAAUCACCAAAUUUGUUACCUUCUAUCGUUCGACAAGUGCCUGUAACAGUAGAAACAAGACCCGUAAAAAUUACUGCAAAUGCAGAUUUAGUUUUGCCUCAUAGUCCUCUUAUUCUGUCACGUAAAGAUGAUGCUGCUGAAUAUGAUUAUUCCGCCGAUACGCAUAAUUUUCAAGAUGAUCCUAAGCUCGUAAUCUGGCGGAAAGGUAAUAAAGCAGCAAUAAAACUGCAUUUAACUCCGCACGAAAAUUUAGAAGAGAGUGAAAAUCAAUCGGUUAUAAUUGGAUUUGUUAUGCAAUAUGGAUAUGUGAAUACAAUCACGACGCUGGAACACAAAGCACCUCAAAAGUUAGAUCUCAGAGUUAAAGUAUAUCUUACUGUGGGAAAGAUUAUUGGAAGUGCUUAAUGCUUACUGCUGUAUCACGUGGAUAUUAAUAUUUAUAAAUACUAUCCAAAUUUAAUUACUAAUAUAAAUUCUCAUG